CUCCCUCUCCCUCCCUCUGCCGCCUCCUCCUGCCGCUGCCGCUGCUUUGGCUGCUGCGUCAUACGCCCCAGAGCUGCCGGGACGGAGGGGCUGGGCCUGGAGACCCCCUGGCCUUUGCCUGCACGACCCCCGACGCCGGGACGUGCCCUCCCCGUGUGGGGGGCUGGCCUAGAUCUCCCACGGCUGCUCCUGCUCGGCUCCCGGCGGCCCCAGCUGUCACUGGCCACCCCAGGAUGCAAUGGCGCAGCCCCCCCGGCUGAGCCGCUCAGGUGCCACCUCGCUUUGGGAUCCAGCUUCCCCCACUCCCACCUCAGGUCCCAGACCCCGACUUUGGGAAGGUCAAGAUGUACUGGCCAGAUGGACUGAUGGACUGCUAUACCUGGGAACCAUCAAAAAGGUGGACAGUACUCGGGAAGUGUGUCUUGUUCAGUUUGAGGAUGACUCCCAGUUUCUGGUUCUAUGGAAAGACAUUAGCCCUGCCGCCCUCCCUGGAGAGGAACUCUUAUGCUGUGUAUGUCGCUCUGAGACUGUUGUCCCUGGGAACAAGUUGGUCAGUUGUGAGAAGUGUCGCCACGCUUAUCACCAAGACUGUCAUGUUCCAAGGGCCCCAGCCCCUGGAGAAGGAGAGGGCACAUCACCCUGGGUCUGCCGCCAGUGUGUAUUUGCCAUUGCCACCAAGAGAGGGGGUGCCCUGAAGAAGGGGCCCUAUGCUCGGGCCAUGCUAGGCAUGAAGCUUUCUCUGCCAUAUGGGCUAAAGGGGCUGGACUGGGAUGCUGGACAUCUGAGCAACCGACAGCAGAGCUAUUGUUACUGUGGAGGCCCUGGGGAGUGGAACCUGAAAAUGUUGCAAUGUCAGAGCUGCCUGCAGUGGUUUCAUGAGGCCUGUACCCAGUGUUUGAGCAAGCCACUCCUGUAUGGUGACAGGUUUUAUGAGUUUGAAUGCUGUGUGUGUCGGGGGGGCCCUGAGAAAGUCCGGAGGCUACAGCUUCGCUGGGUGGAUGUGGCUCAUCUUGUCCUCUACCAUCUCAGCGUUUGCUGUAAGAAGAAGUACUUUGAUUUUGACCGUGAAAUCCUUCCCUUUACUUCUGAGAACUGGGACAGUUUGCUUCUGGGGGAGCUCUCAGACACCCCCAAGGGAGAACGAUCUUCCAAGCUCCUCUCUGCUCUCAAUAGCCACAAGGACCGUUUCAUUUCAGGGAGGGAGAUUAAGAAGAGGAAAUGCUUGUUUGGUCUCCAUGCUCGGACCCCUCCUCCUGUGGAGCCCACUGGAGAUGGAGCUCCCACCAGCUUCCCUUCAGGGCAGGGCCCUGGGGGAGGGGUCUCACGUCCCCUGGGGAAGCGCCGGAGGAUGGAGCCAGAGUCCCUGAGGCAGAGGCAGAAAGGGAAAGUGGAGGAGCUGGGACCACCCUUGGCAGUACCCCAGGAGCAGAGGGAGCAGGCUCAUCUGCAGAAACCACUGCAGGCCUCAGUGUCUCCACCUCCCUCCAGCCCUAACCAGAGUUACCAGGGCAGCAGCGGCUACAACUUCCGGCCCACAGAUGCCCGCUGCCUGCCCAGCAGCCCCAUCCGGAUGUUUGCUUCCUUCCAUCCUUCUGCCAGCACCGCAGGGACCUCUGGGGAUGGAGAACCCCCAGAAAGGUCACCCCUGGAACUUCACAUUGGUUUCCCCACAGACACCCCUAAAAGUGCCCCCAACUCGAUGACUGCCUCAUCCUCCUCAGUCCCAGCCCCCUCUCCAGGUCUUCCUAGACGCUCAGCACCCCAGUCUCCCCUUUGCCGUAGUUUGUCUUCUGGGAUUGGGGGAGGAACCCGAGGUGGGGCUGGCAGUGGCUACUUGUCCCGAGGGGACCCUGUCCGGGUCCUUGCUAGGAGAGUACGGCCUGAUGGCUCUGUGCAGUACCUGGUUGAAUGGGGAGGAGGGGGCAUCUUCUGAAGAGCCUGCCUCUGCCCACCUCCCUAUUCACACAUAACAGCACUUUCAUACCCUGACCUCACCUGCAGCUGGGAUGUACCUGGGGAAGUAGGGGAGUUAGCUCUCCCUACUACCCAGGCUGGAAUCUAGGUGAAGGGUGUAGGGAAUAAUCUUCUCUACCUCCUUUAUGAUUCCUGGACCCUGCCCCCAUUUUUUCCAUUUCUUUUGAUGUUAUUUUGUUAACAGCUUUUUAAAUAUUUUUAAAAAUUAUUUAACCCCUUGGGGCAGAGACUGAAGAGGGAGGAUGGUAAGGGUUCCCGAACUCUGUAUGACUGAAAUAAAGAGAAAUAAACAAAUUUUAGUAGCCCU